AUGGCAUUCCAGCAAGGUACUACCACAGACCUUGCUGCUUCUUUGCCCAAAGUCAAUAGCCACAUCACCAGCAAGGUAGCCCCAACCCAGCCUGCCUUGAGAUGCACCGUCUGCGAUAAAGACGGGGCAACUCUAUGCUUCGUAUGCGGCUCGGCUUCGUACUGCUCUAGGUCAUGCGAAGAUGAAGAUGCUCGAUGCCAUCAGACUGUCUGUCCAGAUUUCAGGGGGUUUCUCAGCGCUGAAAGUCCAAGAGAAGAUGCUAAACUUGCUUUAUUCUUCUCGGAGGCCUCAGUUGGACCAAAACUUGUUUGGGUGGUCGAGAGAAAUCGUCAACUGAUGGAGGUUAGAGGUUCUCACACUCAUACUGUUGUUGUCUGCUACCGGGAUAACUUUUUUUGGGAUGGGAAGUUUGCAAAUAACCUCUCGAUAUUCAACUUCACGCAAGGGGAGCAUAAGCAUGACUGGAGAGGUCCCAUUGCAGUGCUCUCUCAACGUGGCACGCUAAAUUCCUCCGGUUAUGACGAUAUUACUCUUACAGACCUGCGAGUCUUCCGGGAUUUCCUCAUGCAUUAUGGAGAGGGUUUGGAGAAGUCGCUGCAAUACGGUGGACUUCGGUGCGUGGAAUUAUCAGACCCUGGACUUUGGGAGCGGAUGAUGCUGUGUUUCAUGCCCAAGGACGCGAAGAUGGUGAAAGGCGUAAAGAUCAGCUGUAUGGGGGACAUUCGGAUUUUGAAGAGACCCCAAUUUGCUCACAUUGAGGUUCCUCCCAAUCAUCCAAUCUUCUUCAACGAGGAUGAGGGCAAGGCUGCUGACGCGUCAGCAUCAACCCAGAUCUCUGCCCACAUGAACUUACCUCUCAUAAUCCGCAGAACCGCAUUGGACCUCGGCUGGAAAGGUCUCUACAACACUCACGAGGACCUUGCGAACAAUGUUGGCCCAAUCAAUGAACCAGCAGCCCUUCUGACGACAAUCAUCGACACAGAAAGUAAGCUCUGGGGUGGUAAUGAUGUAGGACCAGAGUAUGAACUAGAAUCUGGCACGGUCCUCGAGGUCCGUCAGGACAAGAAGGAUCUCACCGUCGAGCAAGUCAAGGCUCUGGUGGGGUAUAUUCGAGAUCAUAUCAAGCCUGCCAUCGAGAAGGAGAAGAGGCGAGAGUCUAGCUUAGACAAGAAGCAGAUUCUCAGUGGAAGAGAGAGUAUUCUGGAGACAUUGGUGACUAUGGAAAGUGUUAGGAAGCACUUCAAGGCCUGGGGAGAUCAUACCAGCAACGAAUGA